CGUGCUUCUCAAGGAUGAUGGCGGUAAAUUUUGAGAAGCGUGUAAUGUCAUGCAAAAACAUGAUAAAUCUACUUUUAUGGUUUUUGUUUUACUUUCAGUUUGGAGAAAGUGCAAAACUAUCUGUUCCCAGAAUUCUUUUACCAUACAAUACAGGUGUACCUACUAAUUAUACAUUAGAAGUCAAAGAAGGAGGUUGCUACAAAUGGAGUUCUAGUAGAUAUGACUUAGUAACUGUUACACCUCUACCGUCUGAUCGGGAACGAGCUUCUUGUACAACUAGAGCUUUAGUAUCUGCAGUUUCGCGUUAUCCAGAACGAGAAAAUGCUAUCAUUUUGGUUGAAGAUGAAAAAUCAGGUCAAAUUCUACGUUGUGAUAUUGUUAUUGAUUCUAUCCAUUCUAUUGAAAUUAUUACAACCACUAGAGUUCUUUUUCUUGAAGAUGCUCCUGAAGCAUUUGAAGUUGUGGCCAAAAAUGAUCAAGGAGAUACUUUCACAAGUCUAGCUGGUGUUGCUUUCCAAUGGUCUCUAGAAAGUGAUUCUCUUGCAAGUGAUGCUUAUGGGGUCCUAAGGUUCUUAAAGUUUGCUGACUCUGUUUAUAAAACCCCUCCAUCUGUAGAAUACUGGGAGAAGCAAAAUUUACAUGGCUCAAUGAUACUGAUGGAAGGUUCAAAAACUGGUUCAGCUAAAGUAACUGUAAAACCAUUAGAUCCUGCUUAUAAACAUGUGACAUCUUAUGAAGUGAGCCUUGUUGUUGUUGCUAAUCUGAAUUUGAAGCCAGCCCAUACCUAUGUAUUACCAGGUUCCAAAGUGAAAUAUCAGUUGGAACUUAUUAAACAAGGCAAAGCUUUUCCAAUAACAUUACCAUCUGAUCAAUAUUACCUUGAAGUAGCUGAUAAAACUGUUGCUACUUUGGAUGAUGCUAUAGCAACUGUAACAACACUGAAAUAUGGUACAACAAAUAUUGUUGUAAAAGAUAGAUACAUAUCUGGACGUGAAAUAGCAUAUUUACCAUCAGCUGUAAUACAUGUAAUUCCACCUUCAUAUUUAACAUUAUCUGUUUCACCUGGAGAUAAAUGGAGUUUAGAAGAAAAGAAAGAUUAUUCUGUUUUAGUAUCUUUAUAUGAUAGAAAUAGCCAUCCUAUAUAUUUGACUAAGGAAGUUCGAAUAGCUGUUCAGUUCCCCCAAAAAUUCAUUUUAUUGAAAAAGUCAUCAACAAAUGGAACUUUUCAUGAAAUUAGAACACUUGUUCCUGGUAAUUGUGUCAUCACUGCUCAUCUCUUAGGCAUUGCCAACAAGGAUGGAAGCAUUAAAAGAAUAGAACCAACUGUUACUGCUUCUCAAGAUGUCAUUAUUUAUGAAAGUAUUAAAGUUCACCCUCCACAGACCCUACUUCCUUGGGAUCCUGUGUCCAGGCCUGUCUAUUCAAUUUUUCUAAAAGCAACUGGUGGGACUGGUGUUUUUAACUGGAUGAGCGGAGAUUCAAAUUUAGCAUCUGUCCAUGCUGUUUAUGAGCAAGAAGAAACGAUUGCAAGGGUGUCUACUUUUGGACUUGGAACAUUUAAAGUUCAUGCGGUUGAUGCCCACAUUCCUGCAUUUAAUGGUUCUGGACAGGUGUCAAUUCAACCUGUUAUGGAUCUAGAAAUUCUGCCAGAUGAAGUUGAGGUAGAACUUAAUGGAACUUUAAUACUUCCUGUCGCUAUGUAUGGAUAUUUACCAGAAAAUGUACCAAAGAUGUUUAGCAACUGUUCCGAGGUUCCAGUGAUUGUUGAUAUUGAUGAAAUUCCAAAAUUUAUUUCUGAAAGAGAUGUCAGUUCUGUUAUCAAACCUUCUGCUUGUAGAAAUAUUCAUUUGAAAUGUGUUUCCAAAGGUAUCAAUAGAAUUCGUGUCAGAUAUGAACGGGAUGAUGUUUCUCUUAAGAAAGCUGUUAUUGUUGCUUGUUAUAGAAAGCUGAAGGUCAUCUAUCCGGCUGAUGAAGCUGUUAUUGCUGUUGGUUCUUCAUUAGAUGUUCUUUUAGAAGGUGGUCCUCAGCCUUGGCCUAGGUGUCAGAAUUAUUUUGUUAAUCUUUCUCCUGAACAUGAAUCCAUUGAUGCCUCAGUAUUGAGAAAUGAUUCCGAUACAUCAGAUACACAUAAAGUGAAUGCCUUUUGCAAACAUUAUGGUGAAGAAACAUUUUCAUUAAAAGUUGGAAACAAACCAUGUGAGACAAAUCAACAUCCAGCUGUAAAUCAAGCGGCAGUCAGAAUUAUUUGUGCUCUUCCUGAUACUUUAAACUUAAGACCGAUUCUUCCUGCUAUUCAAGGAAAAAAAUGUCCAAUUUCUGGAGAUAAUAAGAUUGCUAUUCACAGUGCUGGAUUUUUAGAUUUAGAACUCAUUGUUAAAGAUAGUUAUGGUCGAGAAUUUCAUAACAUAUCAUCACUAGAUAUCAAAUGGUACUUGUCAGAUUCUUCUUUGGGUCGUUUGUCGAGCAAUUCAGGUGUUAGGACAAAAGCAGCAAGACUGAAAGACAGGCAGUUGAAGACUCGAUAUUUUCAGCAACUUUAUCUCAAUGGCACUGAAGGAGUUUUAAAAGUUACUGCAAGCAUAUUAGGUUACAAGCAAAAUUUGAAUAAUAUUGAUGAAUCAAUAUAUGAUGAAAAGUUUAAUGUUAUUAAUAGUUCCUUGAAUUUUGUACUUGUUGAAGAAGCUGAGGUAGAAUUUAAAAGAGUAUCUAUAUUCAAUAGUCCAUCCAGUAAACUGUACAUGAAAAUUCUGAAAGGUUCUGGAUAUUUUCAAGUUGAAGCAAGUGAUCCUAGCAAAGCUGAUGUCAUGUAUAACAGUGCAACACACCAGAUUGAAGUUACUCCUUUAGAAACUGGCACCAUAACAAUUACCAUUAAUGAUUUGUGUCUUGGAAUUAUUCAUAGGGAUGUUGCAGAAAUUCAAAUAUAUGGUAUUUCUGCUGUAGUCGUUGAUGUGGUUGAUAAAGUUGAAUUAAGUAAAACAAUAAUUGCUUCAGUUGAAGUUUUGAAUGAAGAUAAGCAAAGAAUACCUGCAUCUGCAUUCAGUCUGAUGAACCUCCAAGCUGUUUCUGCUUCAAAUAUCAUAUCUAUCAACUUACUAUCUAAGCCUGAACCUCAUCAAUACCAAGCAUCUUAUGUAAUCAAAGGUCUUACACUUGGGCAUACCAGUUUCAAGAUAGUUACCAAAGCUGAUAUAUUUAAAGGUGUACAGUAUUCCAGUGACACUCUACCUAUACAGGUUUUCCCUCCUUUGGAUUUGAAUCCUGACCACAUAGUUUUAACUUCUGGAGCAACAUUCCAAGUUUUGUGCACUGGUGGACCUCAACCUUUGUCAAACAUUGAAUAUGUUAUAGAUGAUAAAGAUGUUGCUGUAGUAUCUGCUUGUGGUACAGUUGAGGCAAAGAAAGUUGGAAAAACUACUUUGACAGCAAAAGCUGUUGGAUUAGAUAAGAAAGGAAACACUGUUGUAUUUUCAGAGGAUAGAGCUAUUGUGAGUUGUGUAUCUUUACAAGAGGUCAAAAUCCAUGCACCUUUAUCUAGAAUGGUUGUUGGAACAGAGAUGCCUCUUUAUGUUAUGGGUCAUUCUGAGUUGGAAAGUCCCUUUGCAUUUGGAACUGCUUUCCCUUCUGCGAAAUUUAAAUGGUCCAUCAGCAAUGAUAAAGUAGUUUCUUUAAACAACUUGUAUUCUUCUGUUGGUUUACAAGAAUCCUCUGAAAAUAAUUUCAGAGUUAUUUUGAGAGCUCUUCAAGAUGGUCUUGCAACUGUUCAUUUGGAUGUCACUCUUCCUUCUUACUCAUUUUUAGGUAUACCUCAAGUGCUAUCUGCUGAAAUUCAGAUUCAGGUAUUUAAACGGCUUAGAUUAACAAAUCCUGAAGUCGAAGAUGGAAUGAUAAUUAUGUCGCCUAAUUCACAACUGAAAUUAAAAAACAAUAGGGCUGGAGUUGCUAAAGUUACAUACAAAAUUUUGCCAUCUAGUGUUAAUAAGAUUAACCAAGUGCCUGCUGUAAACAUUGAUGAAAGUAGUACUCUUAUUGCCACCUCCAAACUUGGUUCAGCCAUCCUGCAAGUUACUGCUGUCGAAGAAUUUGGAGUUGUUCAAGAUUUAUCUGUGAUAGUGAAAGUUGAAGAAACAGCAUAUUUGAUGUUGAAGCCAUUUGGAAAAAUAAUGACUCGUGACUGGCCUUUGACUGUUCUGCCAGUUGGUUUUACUGUUCCAUUCAUUGUAACUUAUCAUAAUAAUAUUGGUCAAGUAUUUGAUGCUGUCCGAUCACAGAUUCAGUAUCGUGCAAGCAGGCCAAAUUCUGCUCGAGUUUCUUUCACUUCAUUGAACAAUACUUUGAGUGUGCAAGUUGUGAAACCUGGUUUUACAGUUUUGAAGGUAUGGGAUGUUGAUUCCUCUAUUCCUCCUGAUUAUAUUCAAAUAGUCACUGGUACAGCUAUUGAUCCUGCUGAUAUUGAACUUACUGUUGGUGAUGUGAUUUGCUUUGGAAGUCCUUUAGUUACUCAGGAAGGACAUAGUGGAACUUGGUCAAGUUCUAAGGGUGUAUUAGCUAUUCAUCCAGUGUCUGGUGGAGCUGUAGCUUUAAACCCUGGCCAAGCAAAAGUCAUCUAUUCUUUACUAAAUGGAUUCAGUACAUCUACACAAGUAACUAUAAAAGAUGCAGUUUACAUAUCUAUUGAACCCGGAAAUGUGAAUCAAAUUAGCAACUUACCAAGAACAAAGCCAUACAAAAUAUAUCUGGUAGUGCAAAGUAAUGAGACUCAUAAAAUGAACAACAUUAUAGGUAAAAAUUGUUCUCAUGCGACUGAAAAUUCAAUGCCAUUGCCUUUGGUUCCAUCACCUUUUUCCUGCGAGUUGAAUUUUCUCAGUUCUUCUGCAGAUAUAAGUGCAAAUGAUCUUUUCUAUUCCUCCAGUGGUUUUGAUAUUGAAAAAGGAAUGUACUAUUGUGGCAUUGAGCCUGUUGGGAAAAUUCCAAUUAGUGAAGCCAGUACAUUAGAAGGACAGUUAUCACUAACUGUUCAUUUGCUAUCUACUGGGCAGACAGCAUCACUUUCUCAACAACUGUUGUUGUCCUUUUUGCCAGCAUUCCAUGUGCAACAAGAUGAAUUAGUGUUGUCUGACAUACAAAAUACUAAUCAUAUAAUUAUAUCAGCAACACCUGCUGUUCAGAGAUGUCUUUUGGUUGUCCCAAGUGAUUCAACAGUUUUAAGAGUGAAAUCUCCUGCCCUGCAUCCUGUUUUUCCAGCAUCAGUUACUUUCCCAGUUGAAUUGCAUGAUGUCAACUACUUAUUGAAAGGUGAUUUGUCACCACUUUAUAUUGAAAUCAGCUGUCCUAUUACCAAGCAACAAGUAAAGAUACCUGUAAAAGUAAAAAGGUUGGAUGUGUCUCUUGAUGGAAGUGCAUUUUGUCAACCUCUUCCACUACCACCUCCUGCAUCAGAAAUUUAUUAUGAUUUGUAUUUGAUGAUGAAAGUUGCUGCAGCACUGUUAUGCAUUAUUAUUGUGUUUUACUUUAUUCGGUGGAUAACAUCUGCUAGAAGAGGAAUGGUAACUUCUCAACCAGUCUUUUUAAAUAGUUCCACAGCUAGCAGCAAUGGCUCUCAAAGUUUUUCACCAGGUCAUAGGCCAUUUACAUCAAGUCCAUUCAGACGAAGUUAUUCUCCAUCGGAGUUUUCAGAAUUUGAAAACCUUUCUCAACCAAUGAGACUUUGCCAUUUAGAAACAUCACCUAAGUCACUUCAACGCAGACGUGCCGAUAAUAUAUUUAGGUGAAAAUAAGUUGUAUUUAUAAUUCAUAUUUCAAGACUGAUAGCAAAUGUACUCUUGAAAUACUUGCUUUAUUUUAUCAAUUCAUUCAUCUUAUUUUUUUUGCAUACAAUACAGUAUGGUACAUUUUUUGUGAAAUCUGAUACUAGCCAGUGAGUUUUUAUUCAUCAUUGUGCAUACAACCAUUGAAAAACAGUUUAAAUGCAAUGUGUGUGAAUGGGGGUUAGUGUUCUUUCUGUGAUAAAUAAAUGUGUCAUAUGAUUGUCAAUAACAGAAUAUUCAAUCAUAAAUCAUUAAAAAAUUACAUAAGAGAAUACAAGCCAAGGAUCAUUGUUAUUUAGUUAAGAAUUUGUAAAUAUAUUCUUUUAGUCAUGUUUUGUUUCAUUAAAUUAAAUGCAGAGUAAAAUGCGGUUAGUCCCACAGAUAAAUUUCAUUGGUCCUUUAGUUCGUAUUUUUGUAAAAUAAAAUGUGUUCAUUUUUGUCAGUUCAGUUCUUUCUUUUUUUUCUUUCUGUGUCAUUUUGAUUUUUAUUUGUCCAUAAUACUGGUAUAUUUUUCUGGCAUAAUAGUGGUAUUUUAUGUUAUAAUUAUAACCAUAUACUGGUCAUAAUUUCUUAGCCAUUUUCUGUUUUGUUUAGCUUCAAUUUAUUUGCUUGGGCCAGUACAAUACAAAAUUGUAACAUUAGGAUUUUACUGUGUGCUGCCGUUCUAAGUUUUUAUACCUUUUUUAAUAUUAUCUGAAAGGAUUUAUUUAUAUUAAAAUUCAGCUUAAUAAGUCAGGCUUUUGUUUUAACUUCUGCAUGGGUAGGUGUAUGUUCAUUUUAAAUUUUAUUUUGUAUUAAAAAUACAAAAUAAUGGAAUUUUCAAAAAAGUUCAAUAGAAAUAUACAUGAAAUCAGUGGGUUUUUUUUAAUUGUCCAAUUCUUUUGUUAUUUAAUCAAUAUGUUCCCUCAUCUUAAAAUUUUUUAAGAAAUAUGUCUACCUUGUUCAACUGUUUUGAUUUUACUUGUUCUAAACUAUUUUGGUAUUGUUUUUGCAGCCAUAGUAGUAGUUCUUCGGUUUAACUGCAUGCCAUUGGCAAACUUUAAGUUGAAAAAAGUUACCUAUCACUGGCAAAUAGGUCAACAGAUUAAUAUGCCAUCUUUGGCGAUUUUUCAGUUGGGCAGUUAGUUGCUGAAAUGCAUUUAAUACAAAAAUAGCUUAAUACUUCUUCAAUUAAAGUCUUUUAUGUAACAAAAGAAAGUAUGUUCUAUUUGAUUGAUAUUAAUUUACAUUUACCCUGGUUUCAAGUUUUUAAGUAUUCAAAUUUCUGAAAUUCAGGUGUGUUGGUUACACUGCCGUUUUCAUAAACUUUUCAUUCUUUUUUAAAAUGUUUACAGCAUUUUCAUAUUAUUGUA